CUGCAUGACACUGGAUUAGACACAAGAGGCGGAAGGAGAAGUUGCUGAACCAGAAAUCUGAGGCACCUGCGGAGAAAGCAGUUAUUUUUAUUUUGCUAAUUUUUCUUGACAAGAACACAGUUUUCACAAUGGUUAAAGUAUCAUUUAAUUCAUCGCUGGGGCAGAAGGACUUAAACAAAGAAGAGGAAAAUAGCGAAGUCCUUAUUCCAGAGUCCACGGAGCUACAGAAUGGAUUUCAUGUUCGGAGGCUGUUCAAGGCCUGGUGCUGGUACCUGGCCAUCUUGCUUGCAGGUGUGGUUUUGGGCGGGGCCUUUCUGUACAACUACUUUAUGCCGCAGAGACAGAUGUAUUUUUGUGGGAUGACGUACCAGGAGGAAAAUUUCAUGAUCCCAGAGUAUGAGGAUAUGGAAGUGCCGUCCCGCUUGCAGGACAUCCACGAGACAAUUCAAGUGCUCCAGGACGAGGAAGUGGAGCUCAUCAACGUACCUGUGCCUAAGUUCAGCAACAGCGACCCUGCCAAUAUCGUACAUGACUUCUCUAUGAGGCUGACUGCAUACCUGGACCUGAGACUGAACAAGUGCUACGUCAUUACCCUCAACACCUCCAUUGUCAUGCCCCCCAGGGACCUUCUGGAGUUUCUGGAAAAUAUCAAGGACAGGAAGUACCUACCGCAGUCCUAUCUGAUUCAUGAGCAAAUGAUGGUGACUGAACAGGUGGACAACGUGGACCAGCUGGGAAACUUCAUAUACAACCUCUGCCGUGGCAAAGAUACCUACAGACUGCAGCGCAGAGAUACUAUACUAGGCAUGCAGAAGCGUGAGGCACUGAUCUGCCACAAGAUCAUCCAUUUUGAGAAUACUUUUGCAGUGGAUACCAAGAUUUGUUUUCCAGGAGUUCUAUCUUCAUCUGCUUGCAGUCAAAAAUAUGUAAUUCUGCUUGUGUUGUUAAAUAUGUUGUUUUUCUUGGGAUGUAUUUGAUCAGCUGCGUACAGGCAAUGAUGGAGCCAGAAAAGGCUCUCUAUGCACAAAAAAAUGUUCCCUGUGUAUCAAGAGGUUCCUCUUCUCUACCUGUCUCCUGUAUCUAACAGCUAGUUUGGGGGAUGUAAUGACAACCAGGUGAAAUUCAUUUUGAUAUAUUUUUAUAUUUUAAUGAACUGAAAUUCAGUGAUAGAAUGCGGCUGCACAGCAUACCAUAGGAAUGCUGGCGGUAUAAAAAACAUUCCAAUUUUAACUGGCAUAAAUUUGGCACUAGCCCCUGGGGACCUUUUAGAUUUUAUGUUUUCAUCAUCUGUACUGAUGAAAAUAAACUACGAAAUUACAUUUGCUUAACAGAAAAACUCUGUUUUUGCAGAGAUUGCUUAUCAUGAAAUAGGAAGGUAUAAGAUUCAUUUUUGAGUUAAAUGUGUUUUAUAACAAGCUUCUGUAUUUUAUUUUUUAUAUACUUUAUGUCUUUUUAAAAAAAAAUCAUCCUUUUUGGAAUAAAGUCAUUAAAAUGAUUACCACACAUUCUGUUGUACUACAUUGUAAAUCUAUAUCUUUUUUACCAGUACCUUAGUACAUAUGUAUGCUCAUGUACCAUUUUCUUCUCCCUGAAUUGACAUGCCCACAGGCAAUGUUAGGUCUGUUCUGCUGUUGUAGUGUCCUCUGAUUUGGGAGGCUCACUCACUGCCUAUAAUUGGCCUGUGUUUAGUUGGACUGGACACUCGGAUCUUUUUCAAGGUCACUUAGUUUGGCUCUGGAUGCCCUGUAAUUCAUUUACUGAAAUUUUUUACCCCCGACAAAACUCUGUCUGUAUGGUAGUGCACCUGUUAUAUCCCAGCAAUGUGUGAAUUAAAUUGGUAUUAGUAAAAAAAUAAAAAUCUAAAGUCUUUUAA